AUGCGGGCUAACGACAUUGUGAAGGGUAGAUAUUCCACAUAUCAGUUACAGGACCUUAUUGGUAAGGGUGGUAAUGCUGUUGUGUACAGCGCCGUCGACCGCAACACCGGGCUCAUGGUUGCUGUCAAGAAAAUGGAGGUUCAUGAUGAUGCAGCUAUGGCUACGUGCCGGAAUGAAGUGGCCAUACUUAGCCACUUGAAGCAUCCUUAUGUCAUCCGCUACAUUGAUCAUGCACACUCUGGCAAGUCUUUUCUCAUUGUUACCGAAUUUGCGCUUGAACGUUCCCUAUUGCAGAGACUGAAGCGUCACGGCCGGUGUGGUGAGCUGGAGGUGGCCCGUUUCAUGUUUCAGAUAACUUCUGCGUUGGCUUACUUGCACAAAGAGAAGAUCGUGCACCGUGAUAUAAAAUGCGCCAACGUACUCUUGGGUGCAGCUGAAGUUGUUAAGUUAUCGGAUUUUGGUUUGGCUGUGAACCUUGGUGCCGUACACGGAGACACAAAUGAUGAAGAGGAUGGCUUGCUGUCAAGCAGCGCAGUGUGUGAUGGGGAUGGUAAAUCUGUCGCAGAAGAAGGUAUAGUGGGUUCUGUGUAUUGGAUGGCUCCCGAAGCUGUGCGGGGUGAGCCACCUGCAGAGAGUUGCGACAUUUGGUCGCUUGGGUGCCUUUGCAUUGAACUAUUGACAGGUAACCCACCCUUCUUUGAUCGUAAACCUGCCAACGCAUUGUAUUGUAUAAGCGAAACGGAUGAAACACCAAUACCUACCAUGGAUGUGUCGGAGGAGUGCCGCAAUUUCUUGACACAGUGUCUUGACAGGGACGCGUCUAAGCGGCCGACCGCAGCGGCGUUGUUGAAGCACGGAUGGUUUGGUGGCUUCCUUGCGGAGAACAUUGUAAAAACACUCGCAGACACUCAGGUUGAUGGCACUACCUCUGACCAGGUGGCUAGUAAUUCCGAAGCGAUUAAGAGUUGGGUGGAGAAUAACCUCUUUAACGAGCGUGCGGAGCAACGUGAGGAAUGGCUCAGGAGUGGGUGCCUGAAGAGAGUCGUUGCAGUACUACCGAAGGUGACACCAAAGGUUUCUUUUCACAUAAUUCGCACCUUUGUUUUUGCCGCACAGCGUUGUCGUACGGAGUCAAGCUGUUUUCUAACCCGGCUCGGCGAAGCCGAUCUGUGGGACAGUGCGCAGCUUGGAGUUCUUGGGAAGGCCGAAUCACUUGGCGCGCUUUUUGUUUGUUGCUGUGAGCGACAAGACCCACGCGUGCUGCAGUAUGCUCCUACUCACCCGGGGGCACUCUGGUUCCUUUUGCAGUGUGCGGAGGUUGAUGUUGCGAUCAUGUGCAUUGACGCUCUGCGCGCCCUGCUCGUAGGAACGGCCGGUGAGGAGGAAGAAAACCGAGCUUCCUUUUCGUCACGCCCCGAGGUUGCUUCCACAAACGUGGAGAAUAUAACGUUUCGUCGCUACGUCUCUCAGAACCGUUUCGUUUCUGACCACGCCGUUUACGCUGUUCAGCGCAUUAUAGAGGACAUAUGCUACGACGCAUUCCGUGGUGACAAGGAUCCCGCUGUCGGGUGGCAGAAUAUCGACAAACUUUUUGAAAUACUUUUACAGGUGUACAGGAAGGCAGGAGACGAGAGUAUUAUACUAGGCCCGAGUGUGAGUGGUGCACGGCAGGACGACCCUCAAGAUUCACCCAAGGGGGGCACAGGUGGUUCUGUGGCUGCCACCGCGACAGCUGCUGUUGCUGUAUCGACUUCCAUAGUAGGGGGAGGGGGUGGAGCAGCAUCAGCUAUGGGAGAUCCCGCUGGAAGCGCGGCCACGGCCACAACUAGUGCGCCCUCAUCAGGUGAAGCAGGCAGGAAACCCAUCAAUCCUCAUAUCCACUCCCCCUGCAGCCCCAACGCCGGUGGAGUUAACACCAGCAGCGUCGUUGUUGGCAUUGCCAGUGCCUGCGGUAAAGGUGGAAAACCAGCGGAGGAGCUGUGGUUGUUAGCGUUGCAGGAGGCGAGCCGAAAACUCUGUCCGAAUGCCAUUGAACUUCUUAUGCAGUACGUUCAUCUUGCUGCUCGCAAUGAUCUCAAAUCCCUUAACAUCGGCGGUAAAGCCAUUGCAGGCACGUUUCUUGUCGUUGCUUCCAACGCUUCUGUUGACACGGCCACGCGCAUUACAGUGCUCAAGUGCCUCCCCGCCUUACAAUGUGCAUCCCCAAAGGCAGCCAACUUUAUGAGAGACGUGCGAUGUAGUGUUCCACUCUUAGUGCACACGGCAAAGAAUAUCCCGGUGCCAGCGGAGGCGCGAGACGAUGAGGUGUUGAAGGUCCUUUUCGCUCUCUGCGAGGACAACAGGGUUGCUGCAGCCUUCGCCUCUUACGGUGCUUUUAUUGCGAUCGCAAUUGACCGCGCUACGCUUGCAUGUGAGCGACAGCGCUGGGCGGAAGUCACUUUAGCUGUGCGGUUUGUAGAGCUUUUGCUCGCGCACGCCACAGACACCUCGUGCAUACUAGAGUCCCAUGCUUUGCUGCGUUUGCUGCUGAAGCUUUCCGAUGGAGACAAGUUUCCAUCGAUAGUAACAUCUGUGGCGCAGCGAUUAUUAAACAGUUUGCAGGCACAGACAAAUGUGGGAUGA